CGUCGGAAUCCCGUUUGCGUGGCCUCUGGACGCACUCGGGACUGCGCGGUUCCCGUACACAAUCCCAAACACUAAACAGGUGGUCAUACACCGCCGCGCAACGACCGACGCGAUGAAACGGAACGGGUACCGUUUUUAACUUCUGAGCCGCAACGGUACAAAACCAAAGAUUAUUAAUGAUCCGGACAUCGAGGCCCGGGAACUCUUGAUCCCGAGUUUCCCCUAGGAUUCGGGAAGGAGAGUGGAAACUAUGAAAGUGACGGUGUGUUUCGGCAGAACUCGGGUCGUGGUUCCGUGCGGAGACGGCAACCUUAAAGUGCACGCGCUCAUCCAGCAGGCCGCGAUGCGGUACAGGAGAGCGAUCGCUAAGGGUGAAGAGUACUGGGUGCAGGUCUACAGACUUGAACACGGUGAUGGAGGAAUUCUGGAUUUGGAUGAUGUUUUGUCCGACGUUGCGGACGACAAAGACAGAUUGGUGGCGGUGUAUGACGAACAGGAGCCGCACGUUGGAGGUGACGGCACCAGCGCGAGUUCGACAGGCACACAGUCACCGGAGAUUUUCUCUGGAGAGCCAUCCACCUCCACCCCACUGUCUGCCUUUCAGCCGUACCUGCCCCAGAGCGAGAUAGAGGUCACCACCUCCACGCUUCGAACCAACAUGCCUUUGCAUGUACGGCGCAGCAGUGAUCCAGCAUUGUUAAACCUGACAUCAGUGUCGUUCUCCGAAGCGAACUCACAACCUGAGGAACCUUUCAAGAAGAACCCCACACGCUGGUCCACAACCGCCGGCUUCAUGAAACCCCGCUUUACCACUGGCACCAACAGCCUGGAGAGAAAGGGGAAAAGUGUGGACACGUACCGUAGUCUUCCUCGUGAUGCAGGGCAAUGGAACAGUCAGAGGGAGUUUCAACGUGAAACGGCCCGUUCUUCGCUCAGCGCCAAUCAUCCAAUGGUGGACCGCUGGCUGGAACGACAAGAGCAGGAAGAGGAAGAGAAUGGGAGGAUAGAGCCGGUGGGACGAGCGGAUACGUGUUUAGAUCACAUAGGAGUGAGAUCACUAGAUGAUAUCGUGAAACUGGUAGAAGUGUCCAAUGAUGGAGGUCCACUCGGCAUCCACGUUGUGCCCUUCAGCGGGCGUGACCGCAGGACGUUAGGUCUAUUGGUGAAGCGUUUGGAGCGUGGGGGAAAAGCAGACGCUCAGGCUUUGUUCCAGGAAAACGACUGCAUCGUUCGGAUCAACAACGGAGACCUGCGGAAUGUCCGCUUUGAGCAAGCUCAGAACAUGUUUCGUCAGGCCAUGCGUUCUCCUGUCAUCCUCUUUCACGUGGUGCCGUCCGCCAUGAGAUCCCAGUACGAACAGAUAUCCUAUAAUGAACAUAACCCAAGGGCGAACUUUGAUCUUUCUGGUCGCCUCAGCCCGGAUUCCUUCACCAACGAACCAGUCGACAAUGCUGGAAUGGACCUCGCCGCUCACCGAUUGGCACAACACAGGCCACACCCAUCAGAUAACCUGACAGAUACCAGCUCUCCCAUGCAUCAUCAUAUUGGCUCAGCAGGGAAACCACCAUCAGGUCUCACUCCCUCUCCUCAGAGAGGCUUAAGCCCCACCCCUGCAUCAGGCUUUACUAAAAAAGUUGGGAGGAAACUUGGGAUCCAACUUAGAAAAGGACCUGAAGGUCUUGGGUUCAGCAUCACAUCAAGAGACGUCCCACUGGGAGGCUCCGCCCCUAUUUAUGUGAAGAACAUCCUACCGAGAGGAGCGGCCAUACAGGACGGACGACUUAAAGCUGGGGACAGACUGCUAGAGGUCAAUGGAGUGGAUCUCAAUGGGCGUGGUCAGGAGGAGGUGGUUUCACUGUUGAGGGCCACACCCAUGGGCGGUACUGUGAGUCUCCUGGUGCAUAGACAAGAAGAAACCUUUCUACCCAGAGAGAUGAACACAGAACCAGCAAUGCAGAACACAAGAGAAUGGAAGGUAGAAGAAGAGGAAUUGGUCUUAACUCCAGACGGUACGCGUGAGUUCCUGACGUUGGAAGUGCCUCUGAGUGAUUCUGGCUCUGCGGGGUUAGGCGUCAGUGUUAAGGGUAACAGGUCAAAGGAGUCCCAUGCUGACUUGGGCAUCUUUGUCAAGUCUAUUAUCAAUGGAGGAGCAGCAUGCAAGGACGGUCGACUGCGUGUCAACGAUCAGCUCAUUGCAGUUAAUGGUGAGUCUUUAUUAGGCAAGACCAACCAAGAUGCCAUGGAAACGCUGCGCAAGUCCAUGUCAACGGAGGGCAACAAGCGAGGGAUGAUUCAGCUGAUCGUGGCCAGAAGAAUCAACAAACACCUCGAGGGUGAGAGCAGAUCCAGUCCCAGACGGUUAGAUCGGACCUUGAGCCCGUCUCCUAAUGACCACGAGCGAAGGAUCUCACACUCCCUGUAUGGGAUUGAGGGGCUUGAUGACAACCUGAGACCACAACCAAACACACCCAACCACAAAAUGAAUCAUUAUCAGCUCUCCCCCACCGUCAACAUGCCUCAGGAUGACAUGGUCAUAAUAGAAGAUGACACGCCGCAUGUUCUCCCUGCACGGCUGUCUGACCAAUCAUCUUCCAGUUCUCAUGAUGACAUGGGUUUCGCAGUGGAAACGCCUCCGCCGCCACUCUGGGUCCAAGGACUUCCGGACAGCUCUGCCAGUGCUAAUGAUGAGGGGGCGUUUCAGAGGGAAGGCUUUGGCAGGCAAAGCAUGUCUGAGAAACGCACCAAGCAGUUUGGAGACCCAAGCCAACUCGACAUCAUCAAGACCCGCAAGUCUAAGAGCAUGGACUUAGUGGCUGAUGAGAUUAACCUCACACGCUUCACAGACAAGCAGACAGGGUCAUCCACAUAUGAUGUUGGCCCAUCUCUUGGCCUGAAGAAGUCCAGCUCUCUGGAAAGUUUACAGACCGCUGUCGCUGAGGUGACGCUCAACGGUGACCUCCCCUUUCAUCGGCCACGCCCGCGUAUCAUAAGAGGGCGGGGCUGCAACGAGAGCUUCCGUGCUGCUAUUGACAAAUCGUACGACAGGCCAGCAGCCAAUGAGGAUGAAGAGGAGGGCAUGGACACACUGGAGGAGGACAAUGAAGGAAGCUCUCGGUCAGGACGGGAUUCAGCUUCCACGGUAGCUGACCUCACUCCACUCGCAGUCACCGAGCAACAGCUGAUCAAUGGCAAUCAGCCUCAAAACGACAAGAAGAAAGAGAAAGGGGGGAAGGACAAAAAGAAGCCAGAGAAAGAAAAGAGUAAAACAAAGAAAGGAAUGCUCAAGGGGCUCGGAGAGAUGUUCAGGUUCGGAAAGUACCGCAAAGAUGGUGUGGAUGGUGGAAAGUGGAAGGCUGAGGAAACUCAUGCAUCCGAGGAGGAGACACGCCAGAUGAGACAAGAACAAGAGAGGAUUCAGGCGAAAACGCGAGAGAUCCGUCAGCGUCAGGCCAGAGAGCGGGACUAUGCUGAGAUCCAGGAUUUCAGCAGCUCCACGAUGACAUCACUCCCCACCGAGGAUCCCCCGUACGCCGGCAUCGGCUCGCUAGAACAUGGCGGGUACUACCGGAUUCACACGCCCCCAGACUCACCCUUUGCACUCAAACAGAGCACCCAAAAUGGGCACUCCUCGGCGGCAGACAGGCUAACACCAAGCAACCAUGACCGAAUCCAGCGCUUACGGCAGGAGUUUCAACACGUCAGACAGGAAGAGACGGAGCCAGAUGACCGCCAUCAUUCCUACAACCUAGAGCAGCCCUGGUCCAACUGCAGUCCGCACUCCACAUCUGGCCGUCAUUCGGUGUCUGUGGAGGUACAGUUACGGAGACAGGAAGCUCGAGAUGCCUUUACUCAUGCUCAGAGGCAGUACAGCUCUCUACCACGUCAACCCCGUAAGAUGCCCACCCCGGCUACACAGAGUGAUUGUGAGAGGCCGUGUCCACCUGUAGAUGGUUUCCAGGCAGCUAAAGACAGUGGACGUUACUCCAGCUACCAGGGCCCUCGAUCUUUCCCACGCACUUUCCCUCGUCCCAGCUACAGGAAUGGUGUCUCUGCUCCCCCUGCACCCACCGGGACCUCAGUGGGUGGCGGCUACAAUGCCCGUGUCUUACUGGAGGCCCAGGAGCUCCUCCGACAGGAACAAAGACGCAGGGAACAGGAAAUUAAAGGAAGAGUUGCGUCAAUGAGGAUCGACUACGAAUCCCAGGAUUCCAAAGGACCCCUCCGACAAGAUGUCCCACCCUCCCCUUCACAGGUUGUUAGACUCGGCCGCAUCCACACUCCUGAGAAAGCACGGCCAUUUUUGUCAUGAGGGAAAUAAUAAGAGACCUUUCUGCUUUGUUUAUCAUGAUGGACAGGACUACGGUGUGCAAGCGCGAACUUUUAUCAGCGUGUCAUUUUGUACCCAGACUCCGCCUCCCUGAGUGCCUUUUUAGUAUGAUGUUACGGCGGUCCCGCCCUAUCAGACAGCUCACGGGUGAAUCCGGUAGCGGGACGGCUCUCGAUUUGCUCUGUGUGCUUGACAAUCAACCGUUCCACUUUUUUGUCGAACCGCAUAUUUAAGUAGAUCAAAAUACGCAGUUUUCUCUGCUUUGCACAGGUUUAAAUGAAGUUUUGUCUGUUACGAUGAAGUAAGGAUUUUUGCUACGAUGUGUCGGAUGAAUUUUAAACAUCAGCUGUAUUCGUAUUUGAUGAAGUUACAUGUGCUGUGCGAAGAAAUGAACACAUUUAGGUACAGUGACAGACAGAAAAGCAGAAGAGGAAACUUUAAAAAUAGAGAAAAGUGAAAAACAAAAUGGGGUCACAGAUAGCUGGUCAUUAACUGAUGCUCCUCAUUAAAUUUUCAGUGCACUUUCAUACACCGAAUCCUCAACCCACUGCUGCCUGCCAGGUGUGUGCGUGCGUGCGUGCAUGUGUGCGUGUGUGUCUGAUCUCCCAGAUGACCCACACUGAAUUUUUCAUCACCCACACCAGCUGCCCCUGCAUUGACAGGCCACUGUGCGAAACUUCAGUCACAGAGAUUGACUUCCAUAUCUCUCCUAAACACACACGGCUAUGUUCGGAGUAGCAUCAUUUUACAGUGAUUUUACCAUUUGUGCGGAAUGCUGUACAGUAUGUAUACUAUGUAAAAACCUUGGGUAUGCAAGCUUUGUACUGUAUGUAAACGGAUGACCUACUGCGACUGACAAGGUGUGCCGUAUUAAACAUAAAGCAUAUAUGAAA